CCACUUGGACAUAGCCUGUAGGUUUGGUGUGCUCACCAAGAGCACCUCCUUCGUCUUGCGAUAAGAGAUGGCGUUUAAUUGCAACAUGGUGGUACUUGAUUGUGUGUUGGGCCAUUGAUUAUUUCGGUAUUUAUCAAUGUUGUUUUUUCCCACGAACAACGAAAUUCUUUUAAUAAGAAUCAAUGUUAAUGUGAUCCAUUGUGAAAACCAUUUGUUUUGUUUAAGUUUUUAAGCUUCAGCCAAAAAUGGCGUUUUCUUGUGUCCAGAUCCAAUUAGUAUUAGGUCACAAAGCAAAUUUACGGAACAAGAGAACUCCUCAAGGAUUCACUCAUGAUUGGGAAGUUUUCAUUCGAGGUCCAGAACGAACUAAUAUUCAAAAUUUUGUUGACAAAGUAGUGUUUUAUCUACACAAGGACUUUCAAAAGCCAAAACGAGUGGUUAAAGAGGCCAAUGCUGAAGGAGCUUAUGUGGUUAGAGAAUCUGGCUAUGGAUGCUUUUCACUGCCCAUUGAAGUUUAUUUUAAAAAUAAGGAUGAACCUCGCAAAGUGAAGUUUGAGUAUGACCUGUUUCUACAGUCAGAAGGACCUGCCAUUAGUCAUGUUCGCUAUGAAAAAAUGACUUUUAAAAACCCGUCAGAAGAUUUCAGGAUGAAGUUAAUAAAGGGUGGAGGAGUGGGAGUUAUAAAUGGUGAAACUGGAACUGUUUUGACAUCAAAUGAGAAAGUGGAAGAGCCACCUCCCGUACCUGCAACAACAUCGACUCCAGCCGGGUCCUAUAGUUCUGGUGCCAAAAAACCCCCAGGAACAAAUGAUGCCUCUAAGAAGCACAAAUCGUCAAAAGAGCCCAAAACAGAAGCCUUUAAUGAUUUGUUUGGAACACCGGCUAAACCCGAAAAAGUAACAGGAUCAUCAACUGAUGGAAAGAAAUCUUCCAGUCGAGAAUCAUCAGCCAAAAAGGAUUCUUUACCGUUGGCCAAAGAAUCAAAAUCUAGCAGUAGUGGUAAUUCGAGCAGCAAUAUUGUCAAAUCCGAUUCCAAGCGGGAGAAACCGGAUAAAGCGGAAAAAGAAUCAAAGAAAGAAAACGAAAAAAUCUCCUCUAAGAGUUCGAAGGAAAAGGAGUCUGAAGGAAAAGGAGACAAGAAGAGUCGAAAAGAAGAUAAGGUUCGAGAAGAAAAGGAGAAGAGCAAGUCAUCCAAAGAAAAAAGCAAGAAAGCAGACAAAGAACGUAAAGAGAAAACAAAAGAUCGCGACAAGGAUGGUAAGGACAGUAAAGAUAAAGAAAAGAAGGACACCAAAGAUGCUAAAGAGAGUAAAGAGACAAAGGAAAUGAAAGAAUCCAAAGAAGUUAAGGAAAUUAAAGAUUCGCGUUCUAGCAAUACUGUCAAACUCCAGCAGAAAAACGAAAUGAAAGUUAAAGAAAUUAAGGAAGAUCCUGAUGUGAUGAAAAAAAUGUUCAGAGACGAGCCGGAAAUCAGACAGAAAGCAUCUAAGGAAGAUAACGAAAGCAAAAAAUCAAGUCGAGAAGACAAAGAAAAAUCCAAGUCAACUAAACCAGAAUCCAACAAAUUCAAACUUGACAAGAUGAACGACUUGUUUAAGGAUACGAGCAAAUCAGAGAAGGAGAAAAAAAGUGAAAAAUACAGAGACAAGAAAGAAGCCACUGCCAAAAUUAAGAUGGAGCGUCCUUCAUCCGCCUCAUCGCUGACAACCUCAACUCCCCUUCCCAUGCCUACAAAACCAGAAAAAACGGGAAACAAGUCGGAAAAGCGAGAAACAAAGAACACUCCUGAACCGAGUAAAACCUCUCGUCCUGAUAAAAAGAAAAAUGCUACGCUUGCUGCUCCGAUAGUUCCAACCCCGUCUCCAGUUCCGGAAGACGUUUCGUCCAAAAAAAAUACAGCAAGAUCAAAAGCUGCCGAGAAAAAAUCGAGGGAGAAUGGAACGACAGAUAAGAAAGUCAACGAACGUAGUCGCGAUAAAGUAGAAGUGAAACAAGAGGUCGUAAAGAGAAAACAACCAGAACCAGAGGUGAAAAAGGAAAUUAUUGUUGCUCCUCCUGUAGUACAAAGAGUCGAAGAAAAGGUCAAAGAAGUUGACAUAGUACGUAAGAUUGAAGAAAAACCAGUUAAACGGAAGAGGGUAUCGUCGACCUCAUCCGCCUCAUCCGCUUCUUCAUCUGUGUCGUCUUCUUCUUCAUCCUCAUCUUCUUCAUCAUCAUCUUCCUCGUCUUCUUCUUCUUCGUCGUCAUCGUCAUCGUCGGACGCUUCUAAACGUAACCCCCCUAAUACAACUUCUGUUGCUGCUUCUAAAGUCGACCUACGUCCGGUGGAGCAUGAAUCUGCUCAAAAGAAGGAUAAACCUGCCAUAAGCGAAGAUGACUUGGGAACCAGGCCAAGCAGUCUUAGUUUGGCUAAUAAUGUUCAACGCUUAAAGUCCACAGAUGAUCGAAAAAAAGAAACGAAAACGGAGAAAAGGACUAUUACUCCUCCAAUAAAACGAAAAAGGAGUUCAAGUCCUGAUCCAGAUUCUGUUGUAACAGCCGAUACUGGAGGUGGGGAUUCGGAUAUCAAGAAGGUAAAAGUUGAACUUCCAGAACUGUCGCUAUUUACACCAGAGUACCUGUCCCAGUUGGUUGAAUUACAACAGAAGAUUGGGAGUCUCAAUGAUAAGGAGAUUCAGCGUAUCGUUGAUGUUGUUAAAUCAAGCGGAGCCUAUCAGAUUUCCAACACAACUUUCGACUUUGACUUAUGCGCACUGGAUUCUGGAACAAUUCGACGGAUACAACAGUGUUUAACCUGACCAUUCCUCCUUAUCAAUAUGUCCCUUAUACCUUUUCCCCGUAAUUGACUGUUGUUUAUUGGCCUUGAAAUUUGCUGUAAUAUACUCGUCAAAAAUUCA